AAGUGUGCCUUUUAUUAUAAAUAUUUAGGUUAUGUUUCGAUCAGUUUCGACGUUCGCCUGGGCUCGAACGUUUGUUCUCUUUAAACAUCGAAUUUAAAAGUUCAACAAAAAACCUUUUACCAUUUGGAGUUGGUUAAAAAUUCGUAAAACGUAGCAAUAAUGUCCUGUUGUGGUAUGCCGUUUACUGUUUUAUCCAGAAAUAUUUCUACAUCGGCGAUAUGUAAUCGUGUAAUUAAGUUAACUCGGUUAAGAGUUGUGGAUAAUAGUGAAAUUGGGAAGAAAGCUAUGAUCCAAGGAAAACCACCACGUUGUAUACACGUAUAUAAUAAAAAAGGGGUGGGACUUAUAGGAGACAAAGUGAUGGUUGCAAUAAAGGGCGAAAAGAAGAAAGGUAUAUUGGUUGGUUUGAAGGCGCUUCAGAAUCCAAAGGUCCCAAAAUUUGACAGCAACAAUCUCGUUCUCAUAGACGACAAUGGAACACCUUUGGGUACCAGAAUCCAUGUCCCUAUUCCGCAUAUUCUUCGAACAAUAUUGAAAGAGAAAACGCAUUCCAAAGGUGCUGAUUACACUAAAUUGUUAGCCAUUGCUACAAAGUUUGUUUAGUUCUUUUGCGCAGCUGAAGUAAUCCAGAUCUUAAUAUAAAACUUUAUAUGUACAGUAUAGAUAAUUAAAACUUUCCACCGAUUA